AUGGGCAAAAAGAGUAAAUCAAAAAUUCCCAGAGAGAAGCAAGAUAGUACAGCUGCUGUAGAAGAGGAAAAACUCUCAUCUUCGGCCAAGAAAUUGUUGAAUCAUUGGUUGAGAUCAGUUCAGGAACACUUGGAGAGCAAUGAGGGUGAUCCUGAGCUACUUGUUUACAUUCUGACUCUUGAUCUUUUAUCUCCUUUGCUGGUUACGUUGAUGGUUCGUUUUCUCUAUGCAAAGGAGAAUUUGCAAGGCAUACAAAAACACCACAGCACAAUGAUGUGCCAUGCUCAGUUUUGUUUCGGCGAGGAUGGUAAAGUGCCCAUGUGA